CAUGUUGGGCGCCAUGUUCCUGACGAUCGCUCCCCCCAGCAGUUUUCGUUCUAUUCCUGAUGGAAACGAAGCAAAGGAGACAAGAGGAUAUGUGGGGCUCAUGCACGACACCACGGGCAGUUGAGGUUAUAGCCCCUCCCUCCGCUCCAGGGUGUGUGCCUGGACGGGAGAAGGAGCGGGUGCCUGAAGCGAGCCGUGCGUGCUUGCGCCCCAUGCCUGCCGUGCCGCUCCCCACCAAACCAGCCUUGCCAAGCACGGACGCGUCUCAAGUCCAAUCAGCUCGCCCGAUGCACUCACCGAGACGCGUAAAGCACACUCACGCCCGCCAGCCAUUGUCGGGCAAGGGACCGCCCGCCCGCGACCACGACGGCCGACGUCCACCGUCCACCAUCCACCACCUGCUCCCACACUCGCCAGUCGGAGCCGCUGCCGACGGCGCUAGAGACAUGUCGUGGGAACCGCCAGUACCGCCCGAAUGGCAGGACGCGCAUCGCGCCUUUUUGCAGGCGCUAAUGGCGCGGGGCAGCAUGACGCUCGACGAGGCCCGCCCCGUGCUGGCGAGCAUCCUCAACCAGAUACACGACAACCCGGACCCCAUCGCCUCGGAUGAGCUGCUGGCCGAGGACGUGGAAAAGUUUGCGCGCCUGGCCCGCGAGGCCGUAUCGCCGCUUGAUUUCGACAUCCGCAAACUGCGCCAUCAAAGGACGAAGGAGCCCGUGUGGGCCUUUGUCAACGUGACGAGCGACCCGAGCACCCAGCUGGCGACCACCCACACCGCCGACGAGAUCUCGUUCGUGAAGCGCCUACUGGACGCCAUAUUCGACACAUACAACAAGCCGCGCCUCGAGCUCAUGUGCCUCACCGAGGACCAGGCCCUGAAGCUGUCGCGCCCUUCGCCGCCGCGCAACGGCCGCGUCAGCCUCGGCACCGACAACGGCGAGGGGCCGGCGUCGCAGGCCACGAACAAGGGCCUCAGACACAGCGAGGUGCUCGCGCUGCUGGCGUCGCUCGUGGCCGAGGGCUGGUUGGAGAAGAGCCGGGCGGGCUACUACGGCCUCACGCCGCGCGCGCUCAUGGAGCUGUGGGCGUGGAUGAACGAGACGUACAACGACCCGGACGCCGAGGGCAACGAGUGGCAGCGCAUCAAGCACUGUGAGGCCUGCAAGGACGUCGUCACGAUCGGCCAGCGGUGCGCGCGCCCCGAGUGCAACGUGCGCCUGCACGACAUCUGCGAGGAGGCCUUUUGGCGGUCAAGGAGAGACCGCGCCUGCCCCAAGUGCCGCUCGCAGUGGGAUGGGGAGCACUUUGUCGGAGAGAGGGCCGUCACGGCGUUGGUGGCCUCCCGCCAGAGCAACGGCAGGGGCGUCGGUGCGAGGAGGAGCGAGACGGUGGGGCCCAUCGCCGAGGAGGCCGAAGAUGACGAGGAAGAGGAGGACGGAUAAGACAGGGUCCUGUCUUUGUUUAGUUUUGCCUACAUAAGCACUUGAGCGGCCUGGCGUUUAUCUUGGUUGGGCCACCUGUUUUGUUUGAUGAAACGUUUUGUAGUCUUUAUGCUCGUCAUGGAGAAGAUGAUACCCAACAGCUAGUUUUACCAAGACCGUCGGUGGGCAUACCACACGACAUUCACAUGGCUCUGGCAGUUUCAUUCUCCCCCAGCACUUGUCGGCGGCGCACAUCUCAGCGCGGCACUUGGUUCCCCCACAAUUGCCCGUCCAGAUGGUGGCUUGGCGUGCAUAAUUCCACCCAACUGGG